AAAUUUUUCUCUAUAGGGUUUUGUUCAUGUAAGAGUGUGGUUUCCCCAAUUUCCUGGAGUCGUAAUGCAAUCCGAUCAGGAAUUAAUUAUAAUGUGCAAACCUCCCGAACCGACUGUUAUAGAAAACAAAGCUGCAGGAUUCGCUGGAAGUUUUCCUCAUGGUGCUCGAGUAUCUGGUGUAGUAGAAGAAACCCCUGGCAGAUUAGAAUACGAAGUGGCCUUGUACAAAGAAGCUCCCGCAGCCAAAAUAAACAACGGCAGCAGCACCGAGUUGCCAGUGGACCAAGCAGUACCCAUAGGUACCAAACUGCAAUUACGGGCACGCAUCAAUCCUGAUUCGGCUUGGAAGUUUGUUAAAUUAAUGGAGGUAACUGUUUCGCCGGACCCCGAUGACCCUCACAUGCCCGGAAGUGUUGCACUUGUAAAAGAUGGAUGCCGAAAUAGAGAUUUUGCCUCAAUCAUACCGCACCAGCCUGCAAGAUAUCGGGAUCGUCAUAAUGAAGUUUUUUUGGAUUUUGAAGCUUUCCUCUUGAGCACGAUGAGAGAGAGGUCCACGCUGUGGAUUCACUCGCAAAUUAAAGCUUGCAUGGAAGCCGUCGACUGUCAACCUGAUUUUUGUUUAGAUUUGUUUGAACCGUCUGGACAUGGACGUAGAAGGAAACGACGUCAAGCAGCUGAAAUAAUCGAAUUCUUCGAAAGCCCAAACGGCGAAAACGGUCUACAAAGAUACAAUGCAACCCAUUUCACAAAAAUCAACGGCAAUCUCGAAUAUACCGUACUGAUGCCAGGAGAAUUUUUCCAAAAAGCUUCAGCGCUGGAAAGCAGCUGCAGUACUUUUUUGGUAGUUGCAGCAAUUCUCGGUUGCCUGCUUUUCCUGGCAGCUUUCCUCAUGUGUUGGCUAGCGUCGAAGUUGCACUCAGCGCUGCUGGCAGCCAACGAUUCCAAUACGAAUGUCGACGAUAUGGUACGAGAAAAUAGACAUUAUAGCGAGAGUUGUUAUACUGGAAGAGCGACCACUCAAUAAGAACUUUUGUGUUUAUAUGAUUGAAUUUAGUAUUUGGCAUUAGCAAUAUUUUUUGGUUGCUUAUAAAGCUGUUAUUCUACAAGAGUUACAGCCAACAAACCUACACGAAUGUCUGGUUUGAAUUUAUAAGAAUAUUAAAGUAGACACUGAAAUUAAGCCAUUUCUAAGAUUUUUCAAGUUGUAGCUUCCUAGAUUAUUUGUCGACUUUCCUGCAAGUCAGUUUAACAUGCACAUUUUGUUGUAUGGACAUAUGAGUCUGUCUUGGAUAUUAUCUUCUAGAGAAAUGGUAAUGGACGUGCAAAGUUUUUUAUCUAACCCUUGAGGUGAUGAGCAGUUUGUUAUACCAACUGCGCCAAAAAUGCUAUAAACACCCUUCAAAAAAUCUUGUGAGACGCAGGAAGUUUUACGAAGGGAUUUCUACAAAGUAAAAAUCUUGUGGAUAAAUUCAACAACUUGCCAAAUCUUAAAUGUUAAAAUUGAAUAUUCACAUAAAUAUUUAAGUGUAUUCUAUCUCAGUGUUUCAGUUAGCCUCAAUAGUGUACCUUAUUAGCCUAAACUAUAUUUUAAUGCUUUUGACCAAAAACAUUUUGUAGGUAUCUACACUUAUAUUAUUUAUUCACAAUCUGUAGUCCACAGGUACAGGUGGAAUGUAUCACCUUUCAAUGCUAUUUGAUAGGGAAAGGUGAUAAAUUUACCUGUACCUUUGGACUACAGAUUGUGAAUAGGAUGUAGGUAAGCGAAUAUGUAAGUUAUUUAUUUAUUUUACAUUUAUUUUUAGCGUUAAAGGUCUGUAAAUAAAUUCUAGGGAUCAAGUUUUUUUGGAAAU